CGAAAGGUGUCCAACAAAUGUUUCGAGUUCGGAUAAUUCACAUUUCUGAUGAAACUGACCACUGAACUCACAGGCUUCUAUCUGGUAUAUGUUGAAUAUUUUUUUUUAAAUAAUAUACUCGUUCACUCCUGCGGUAGGUGACUGUGCAGGUCUUCAAAUUACACACACACACAGUAAUCUCUGAAAAUGUUGCAGCAGCCAGGAUCCACUGUUCAAGAAAAUACCAUGCUGGCAGUAUGUGUUGAUGAUCCAGGAGGUCCUGAGAAGAUGUAUGUGGGUAAGGUUUUCAGGCCUCAGCCCAAAGCAGGAGAGAUCCUCAUCAAGGUCCAUGCCACUGCUCUGAACAGGGCUGACCUAUUGCAGAGAAGAGGACUUUACCCAGCCCCACCUGGUGAGAGCGAGAUCCUGGGACUGGAAGCGGCGGGGACUGUGGCUGCCCUGGGUUUAGGCGUCCAAGGGCAAUGGGUUUUGGGGCAGCGAGUCAUGGCCCUGCUCUCUGGGGGUGGCUAUGCAGAGUUCGUCUCGGUUCCUGAAGAGUUGGUGAUGCCAGUUCCUCCUCAUUUGACCAUCACCCAAGCUGCAGCUCUCCCUGAGGCCUGGCUCACUGCCUUUCAGCUACUUCACCUCAUAGCUAAAGUGCAGCCUGGAGAGACAGUGCUGGUGCACGCUGGAGCCAGUGGGGUUGGCACUGCAGCCAUUCAGCUGCUCCGCUUGACUCAGGCCAUUCCACUAGUAACCGCAGGAACCCAAGAGAAACUUAAGAUGACUGAAAAACUUGGGGCAGCUGCUGCCUAUAACUACAAAGAUGAGGAAUUUGCUGAGAGGGUCAUGGAGUUCACUAAAGGCCGAGGUGCAGAUGUUAUUUUGGACUGUGUGGGUGGUUCAUGCUGGAAGAAGAAUGUACAGUGUUUGGCUAUGGAUGGACGGUGGGUCCUCUAUGGCGCCAUGGGAGGCAGGCAUGUGGAGGGAGACCUGUUGGGCAAACUCCUGUCCAAACGUGGACAUCUGCUUUGCAGCCUGCUACGGUCACGUAGUCUACAGUAUAAAGCAGAGCUGGUGAAAGCCUUUUCAGACAGAGCUCUCCAGCACUUCGAACCGCUGAACUCAUCUGUAGCUCUGAAACCAGUCAUCGACAGUGUCUUCAGCAUGCAGGAUAUUGCUGUCGCCCACCAGCACAUGGAGGCCAACAAGAACAUGGGGAAAAUAGUCAUCAGGGUCAUUGAGUCCACGCCAGAGGAGCUAUAACCCAUAUAUCCAGUUUGGCUGCCUUAAAGAUGCAGUCUGCAAUUCGGUUUGUGCUUCAAACAUAUGCAGAUGAUUUGAAAAUACUCAUGGACACAUAUUUCAUUUUUACAACCAUGUCAUUUAUACAAAACCCAAGAAAAAUCUUUCAAACAUUCCUCUACACAGUGCUCUGAAUCUCAUUGUGAUCUUUGAUAAUCUAUAUAUGACUGUAAUGAAGGGGAGGUCAACAUUUUGUGGAGUUGUUUAAUUUACACCAAAUUGUGUUUAAUCCGUUUGAGUUGGGUACAGUGUGGGUUCAGUGUGUUAACUGUAUGCAUAUUUCACUGCACCAAGACACCAGUGCUAACAACCAAACCAACAGUUGGUUACAUUGUCAUGCUAGUGAGUCAAAUCAAGGUAAACAUUAUAAAGUCAAUUCCUAAUAUUUUAGAUUAAUUUGAAAAGGUAUUAGGGCAUUUUCAGUACCUGGACUUCUUGUUCCAACAAGUUUCAGUAAACUAUGGUGGUUUCAUGCUAUAAAAAAAAUUAAAUGUGAGAUUGCCACAGCAGUAUUUAAUGAUUUAUUAUUAUUAUGUAAAUGGAUGCUUUGAAAAUACACUGAAUAAUAACUGGGUCCAUGCAAAACUUCUUCAGUCUCCUCAAGAAGAAGAGACGUUUCCGGGGCUGCUUUGACUACCUUGUCUGUGUGAGCAGAUCAGGAGAGAUCGCUGAUAUGCAUUUACAUUUACAUUUUUACAUUUUAGUCAUUUAGCAGACGCUUUUAUCCAAAGCGACUUACAAGGAUGUAUACACAUUUUACAUUUACACUGCACAUCAGGAGCAAUUAGGGGUUCAGUGUCUUGCUCAAGGCCGCUUCGACAGGGAAUCGAACUAGCAACCUUCUGAUAUGCACUCCGAGGAACCUCAAGCAGCAGCAGUUUCCUGCUAUAACCAAAUAAAAUGUGAGAUUGCCACAG